AGUAACAAGAUUAACGAUCGUGACAGAACAAAAAGGGGUUGAUGGUAGAGAAAUAAGUGGAGCAGUUUCUAAACACUAAUUAGUUGUUGAUUUUUUUCCAAAUCCACUAAACCCCUUCUCCUAAAUUAAACUACCCAACUUAAUUAGCCCAAGAACCAGCUUUAAUUUUUCACUUUUUUUAUAAGGACCCCAAAAGUGUGAAUUUGUCCCCAGCCACAUCAAUUAGUCAGCUUGGAGGAACUCAACAGACAUGUUUGAUUUACUCUUUGGGUGGACAAAAGCUUAUAAAUGUAAGAAUUUGAUUAGAAGGGUUCAGUGCCGGCUUAAACUGCUGAAGAACAAGAGAAGUUGUAUUAUCAAGCAGUUGAGGGGUGAUUUAUCUGAGCUACUCAGAAAUGGACAUUACGAAAUGGUCAUUGACAGGGUUGAACAGCUUUGGUUGGAUGAACGAAAGUUUACACUGUAUGACUUACUGGAGAAUUACUGUGAAUUUAUAAUCAUUAACCUACCGUAUAUUCGGAAACACAAGGACCUCCCCGAUGACAUCAAUGAAGUAGUGUCAAGUCUCAUAUUUGCAUCAGCAAGACUCGGGGAUUUGCCCGAGCUUGCAGCGAUUCGGAAGUUUUUUAGUGAACGUUAUGGUCAGAUAUUUGAAAAAUCUGCACUUCAGUUACUUCCUGGGAAUCUUGUGAACCAUCAGAUAAUGGAUUAUAUAUGUAAAAGUUCUGUAUCAGAAGAAGAGAAAUACAGAUUGAUGGAUGAAAUUGCAAGGAGUUGCUAUCAGCAAGGACCUUUGCUUCUUGAAUUCAGACGCGAAUCGCUAGAUGAGUUGGUAAAUGAAAUCAGUAAUGCUGCAGCUGAUAACAAGGAAGAUGGACUAAUGAGGCUUACGGAUCCCAAAAUCACAGAGACAGAAGGAAAUGUUGUAUGUGUUGAUAAUUCAUCUAAACGCAAGAAACUUCUAGAUGAUCCAUCGGAUUCUCACCAACAACUACUUUCUACUGAAAAUUCAAUGCGUUUCUCAACAACUAAGUCCUGUAAGGAUUCAGUAAACUGUUUGAAGGAUCAUCGUAACAAAAGAGUUCUAGAUUCUGAACGUGUCACAGGAAGGGAAAAGGGGAAUAUUAAUGCCUUUACUUCGGAGCAAAACGUAGAGAGAAGAGCUGCAGAAUCUUCUACAGGAGAUUCAGCUGAAUUCCCUGAACAGAUCAUCUAUUUGGAUGACAUUCAGGAAUUUGAGUCUGCUGUGAAGAAAGAUGUGAACUUCCAGGAUCAAAGGCUAUUCAUGUUUAAAGCCCCUUUUGUUCCUUCGCGACUAAAGAUAGAUACUCGAAGCAAAUUUGAUGGCAUUGAGAAAAAAAUUGAGUCACGGAAUGCUAAAGAACGAUCAAACACCUCGAGGAAGAACAGAACGAUACCUGGAAAAAGAAUGAGAAGGAAAUCAGGUUCAAUUGUGUCAGACACUGAUAGUACAAUCUACUACGGAAACUUACCUGAGAGCUCUGAUAGCAAACUGAAACGCCAAAACAGGAGAAGGAGUUCAAGGAAGAGUUCUGUUGAGGAAAGUCAGAAAUCCUAUUAUACAUUUGCACAUGACAGUAAAGAUCAACCCUGCUAUGUCAAAUUCAGAAGCACAAUGACAUUUGUCAAGUGCAUCGAUGAUCAUUCCAGCUGCAAUGGGGCAAUGGAAAAUCACUGCAGUUUGGAACAUCCAUGUUAUUACUGGAUCACUGAUGAAAAAGGUAACGGGGAAUCUCCUCUUCGCGUGCCAAGGAGAAGAGUCAAAACUACAAAGGAUUUUAGCAAUCAAAAUGUUGAAUCAAUGAGGGAUCAUUCUGUAAAACACGAUACAGAGGAGGUAUCGAAAAGCCAAGAAACUUGUAAUUCAACAGUGUCAUCAACAUCAAGAAUGACAUAUCAAAGGGCAAGAAACGAAAACCAGGCCCCUUAUUUGAGGGCAAUGACUAUGCCUAUUGAAAGGCCUAAAGAUGGCCUCACAGAAAACUUUCUUCGGUCAAGUUCCUUCGCGGUUCAAGAGCCUGAAAAUGGAUCAUCUGAAAAUAGACAUGUCCAUCCUAAGCUACCAAACUACGACGAAAUAGCAGCUACAUUCUUGGCUCUCAAGAAAGAGAAAUUGCAAAAGAAAUGCUAGUGUUAUAUCGAUGGCUUUACCAUAACACGGCCAUGAGUUAGUUAUAUUUUUCUAUAUUCUUUGUUCAUAUAACUAGCACAAGCAUACUUGCAUUGUACAUAGAUUUUUAAAUUUUAUUUUUCUUUGUGUGUGUGAGAGUGUUUUGGUGAUUUUAUGCAAGUCUUGGAGUGAAAUGAGUAAUG